ACAACCAUUGAAAUGGAUAAAUUAUUAUCAAAACUAAUAGAUGGCCCUACACGAAUAUAACGUGUAGAGCCACCUGGAGAAAAGCACCUUCAGAGAACGAAAAUAGUAAAAAUUUUACAGGGAGUUACAGAUCUGUUUUAAAUUAAAAACUAUAAUCUGUGAUUCCGACAGUGGAGUAAAGAAUUAUACCGAAAGUACGUUUUUUGAGGCAAGCAUUUUGUUUUGUAAAUGGAAUUUUGCAGUGAAUUAAAUUUAUAAAAUAUACAUAUUAUAAUAAUCCCCUUGAUUUUUAUCAAAGAUGGAUCGAUUAGAAAAUAUAAGUCCAAAUGUGUAUAAUAAAUCAAAAGAACGAGCCAAAACAGAAGAUGAUUUUAAUGAAAAUAUUUACGAUGACAUUGAUGCCCGUGAAAUAUUUGAUAUAUUGCGUAACAUAAACGAUCCAGAACAUCCGUUAACGUUAGAACAAUUACAUGUUAUUGAAGAGAAUAACAUAACUGUCGAUAACAAAAUCAAUACUGUACAUGUAUUUUUCACACCAACGAUACCCCAUUGUAGUAUGGCAACAUUAAUUGGUUUAUCAAUACGUGUACUACUAUUACGAACAUUACCAUCACGGUACAAAGUACAAGUGGAAGUUACACCGGGGUCACACGCAUCGGAACAUGCUGUUAAUAAACAAUUAGCUGAUAAAGAACGUGUAGCAGCUGCAUUAGAAAAUAACAAUUUAAUACAGGUUAUUGAACAAUGUAUUGAUAUCGGUGAUCAUUUAACGAAUGAGAUCCCAACAGAUGAUAUACAAUCUACGAAUACUACGUAUAAGGUUUUAUCUAAAGAUUUAGAUUUAAAUUAUGAAUGUAAACUUGGUCAGUUAGAUGAUGGCUAUUCAAUAAAUAAAUCACAUAAUUAUAUAAUACAAAUUAAAAAGAAGCUUUCUAUAAUAUAAAUAUUGUAAAUAAUUCGGUUUUAAUACACGGUUUAACAGCCAAAGACGUUCGGCGUGAUUUUGAAAAGUCGGAAUCAAAUACUUUGGAUUUUAAUUUAAUAACUUUUAUUGGAAUACGGAUUGCUAUAUUUUUGUUAAGAAUAAAGUUUAAAUUAUAUUAAACCCAAAAACAAAUACAUUAUUCUCCAUGGGAAUAACUCUAUAACUCUAUCUUGCUCUGUCUGUAAAUUAAGCAACCAUUUAAUAUUUUUUCUAUGAUAAGAACGAGAUAGAUAAUGCAAUAAUAUAGCAAACGCGCUUUUAGUUAUACUGAACACGCUCAUUUUGAUCUGCCUAGCGUGUUAUGCAGUUAAACCCUAUACAAUGUGCAUAUUAGCAGUAGCCUAACCAAUCCUAAAAUAAAUUGAUUGUAUACAUUACCUCCAGCACGAAAAAAUUAUUGUGGUUAUUCGACAUUACGCCCUUUUUUAUAGAAGACACUUUCUCUGUGAAUUUAGCUCCCCGUAAUCAUCAAUCAUUUUAUAUCAGAAAGAUAAUUUAAAAAUGCGUAGAAUGUUGAAUAUCCAAUGAUACUGUAAAAGAGCGGUGAAUCACUCCUCAUAGGGAAAGUUUUACUUUCAUUUACAAAACACAUUUUUUCAUCUACAAAGGGUUAUAAAAUGAUUCUUUUGAUAGAAAAGAAAAUUGAUUUUACG